GUAACAAAGUCUUUUCCCCACUGGGUGGAAGGUUGCAGAGCUCCGAGUUGUAUACCUGUGGGAGAAGUAGAAGGGAAGAACAACAGGCCCAGAGGCUCAGGUCCCUGAUGACUCAGGCCCCUGUCUACCUCAGCAAAGCCACAAUGAACCAAGGAAUCUCUUUUAGGUACUUGCUCCUGGUGCUGCAAGUGGCACUACUCCCAGCUGUCACUCAUGGAAAGGAAGUAGUGUUGGGCAAAGCAGGAGACUCAGUGGAACUACCCUGCAAAGGUUCCCAGAAGGGAAAUGUGCCCUUCUCCUGGAAAUUCACCAACCAGAUCAAGGUCCUGGGGAAUCAGAACAGCUACUUGAUCAUAGGUACAUCCUAUCUGAAGGAUCGUGUUGAGUCAAAAAAAGCUUCAUGGGAUCAAGGAUCCUUUCCCCUGAUCAUCCAUAAACUUGAGGUGAAGGACUCAAAGACUUACAUUUGUGAAGUGGAGAACAAGAGGCUGGAGGUGGAGUUGCAGGUGUUCAGAGUGACUCCCAACUCAGAUUCCUAUCUGCUGCAGGGGCAGAACCUGACCCUGACCUUGGAAGGCCCCUCUGGUAGUAGCCCCUUGAUGAAAUGCAAGAGUCCAGAGAAUAGAAUUAUCAGUGGGGCCAAGGUCCUCUCAGCAUACAUGUUGAAUGUUUUGGAGAGUGGCACCUGGACCUGCACCAUUUCCCAGGACCAGAAGGAGCUUCAGUUUGACAUAAAGAUCCAGGUGCUGGGUUUUAUGAAGACCAUCAACACAGUGUAUAAGAAAGAGGGGGAGCAGGUGGAGUUCUCCUUCCCACUUAACUUUGAAGAUGAAAACCUGAGUGGGGAGCUGAGGUGGCAGGCAGAGGGGGCUUCUUCCUCUCAGUCCUGGGUCACCUUCUCUAUGGAGAAGAAGAAGGUGUCUGUCCAAAAGGUUACCCUGGACACCAAGCUCCAACUGGCUGAGAAACUCCCACUUCACCUGAAACUUCCCCAGGCCUUGCCUAAGUAUGCUGGUUCUAUGCACCUGACUCUAACUCUACCCAAAGGAAAGUUGCAUAAGAAAGUGAACUUGGUGGUGAUGAGAGUGGCUCAGACCCAGAACAAUUUGGUCUGCGAGGUCCUGGGACCAAGCCCUCCAAAGCUCAUGCUGACCUUGAAGCUGGAGAACCAGAAGGUCCAUGUCUCAAAGCAAGAGAAGAUGGUUCAGGUGCAGAACCCUGAGAUAGGAAUGUGGCAGUGUUUACUGAGUGACAAGGACCAGGUCCUGCUGGAAUCCAAGUUUGAGGUCUUGUCUUCGGCACCAAGCCAGGACCAGCCAAUGUUCCUGACUAUUGUGCUGGGGGGCACCAUAGGCUUUCUGGUCUUAACUGGACUCUGCAUCUUCUGCUGUGUCAGGUGUCGGCACCAACGGCGCCAGGCAGAACGGAUGUCUCAGAUCAAGAGGCUGCUCAGUGAGAAGAAGACCUGCCAGUGCCCCCACCGGCUGCAGAAGACUCGGAGUCUCAUCUGAGGCUAAGGCCUUACUUGUGGUCCAGCCAUCUGUCUGUCCUGCAUUUCCUGUUGGGCUCAGGCCUGUGGACCAAAUGAAUGUAGCAGAUCCCAGUGCCUCUGGCCUCCUGCUCUCCUCCUCCAUGACUAACCAUUGUUCCUCACCUUCUGUUCCCAACCGCCUUGGCAGUCUUGAUAUCAACUUUUCAGAGGCUUAAUCAAUCACAUCAUUUAUUCUUUCCCAUUUCCUUUUCAUCCAAGCCCUAGCCCUUCUUUGGUUAUUCUUCUGGACCCUGUCCUCAGCUGUUUGCUUGGAUCCCAGGGCAGUGCAGAGGACCAGCCCAGCCUGGCAUGGAGAGUAGGGCUGAAUGUCUGGAAACCAGAAGCGUAGGACUGUCCCAGUGGACCCUGGAACCAAACAGGAUGGGAACUUGGCUGAUAACUCAGUUACCCAAGGACAGAUGCAUAUCCAAAGGCUCCUGAAGCCAGCCCCACUGCCCCAAGCUGCCUGCUUCUCACUCUGUGUUGGCAGGGCCGCAGACUCACACCCUGACCCAGGUACCAGCAGGCUUCCUGAACACACACCCACACCCUCAUCCACAGUCACAAUUCCUUCUUCCCCAAGCAGCAUGUGUCAGUUUAUAAACCAGUUUCAUAUCAUCUGUCUAUUCGACUCUUACAAAAAUCCUACAGUGAUGGGACCAAGACUGUCUGGUGUACAGAACAGAAACAGAAUUUAGAUGCCUACUCAAGGUCACAUAGCCAGCAAGUGCUGAAGUCCAGAUUAACCUGGUUUCCUAACCCCUACAGUCACUGCUGCUUCUUAAUGCAGGGACAAAUGCCACACAGACCUCUGCAGUGGCUGGUCACAGGCACCCAGUAGCACCUUUGAAGCCACAGGAGCACACCACCCACAAAAAGGGCCUGUCUCAGAGAGUUUAGGAACAUAGAGGAGGGCCUUCCUGCCUCAGAUCCCUCCUUCAUCAUCUGCUGGUGGUAGUCCUAUUACCAGGUCACAGGCAGGAAGCACGGGCCUUGUGGGAGAGAAUGCCCAGUGACCUGUAACACCCUGUGUAGAACUUUCUGUAAGGUUAGUUCUGCUGAGGGAGGAGGCCAGGGGCUAGCCUGGGAGUGAACUCUCUGAGGGGACCCCUGUAAAGGUGAUAGUGCUGGCCUUCUAUCCAUACCCUGCCUUGAACCUUUCUUCCUUCUCCCCUUAGCCACUCAGGACACAGGGAAGAAGCCUUAGCCACAAGGGACACAGGGUUACAAGUAGUCUUCUUCCUCUUGAUUCAUUUCUCUCAGAAUCCCCAGCUUCUUUGCCCCUCUCUUUUCUUUUUUCCUUACACCUCUCUCAGUCCUAACCCCUUCCCUUUGCCCCCUCCCCCUUUUAUUUGGUGGUACUGGGGUUUGAACUCAGAGCCUCAAGCUUGCUAGGCAGGUGCUCUACAGCUUAAACUACUCUGCCAGCCUUGUUUUGUGUUGAAU